UAAAUCCCAACGAAAACAUCCCCCUCUCCAACACUCCAAGCUAAGUAGCCUUCCUCCUCGUCUCAUACUCCAUCAUCAUUUCCUCUGCAACCUUAGCUAACUAGUAGUAUGGCAUCCACCGAUAACAUUCAGCAGCUGACGCUCGAGGAGGAGGAGGAGGCAGGCGCGCGCGCCUUGCAGUUGGUGAGCAGCUGCGUCCUUCCCUUCACCCUUAAAGCCGCGAUCGAGCUCCGGCUCCUCGACAUCAUCGUGGAGGCCGGCCCGGACGCCUCGUUGAGCCCGGUUGAGAUCGCCGCCCGGAUGCCGACCAAGAACCCGCAGGCGGCCACCACGGUAGACCGAAUACUCCGCUUGCUCGCGGCUAACAGAGUGGUCAGCUGCAGCACCGUCCACACAGGGACGGAUGGCCACCCUUUGAGGAGGUACGGCGCGGCUCCCAUCUGCAAGUACCUGACAAAGAACGAAGACGGUGUGUCACUGGCUGAUAUGGCAUUGGUGCAUCAGGAUAAGGUCUUCGUGGAUGCAUGGUACUAUCUAAAGGAUUCCGUGUUGGAGGGAGUCGUCCCUCUGAACUCCGCCUACGGGAUGCCGAUGUUCGAUUACAUAGGAACAGAUCCACGUUUGAACAAGGUGUUCAACGCUGGCAUGAGGGGCCACUCCAGCGUCAUCAUCAACAAUCUUCUCCGCGUCUACGGUGGUUUCGAUGAUGUGGAGAUGCUCGUAGAUGUCGGUGGCAACGACGGUGCCACCCUCCAGAUGAUUACCUCCAGGCACACACACAUCAAGGGCAUCAACUACGACCUGCCCCAUGUCAUCUCCGGUGCCAGGCCACUGACAGGUGUUAAACACGUCCACGGAAACAUGUUCGAAACUGUUCCGAGCGGAGACGCGGUGUUCUUGAAGGUCAGGACUUCUCAUCCUUUCUGGCUUAAUAUCCGAUAGGCUGACCUUGCUCUUUGUUUUCUUUUCUAUUUUUCUUAAUAUUUCGAGUAGCUACAUGCAUCGGUUAAGCUAAAAAAAGAAAAAACUCAACCACC